UGAGUUGGUGAGGAGUUGGAAGAACUACAAGUCAGCCAUGAGAAACCGUACAUCAUUAUCUACAUUCAUACUUCUGGGACUGACAGAUGAUCCUCAAAUGCAGCUUCUCAUUUUUCUAUUUCUGUUUGUCUCCUACACGCUGAGUAUAACUGGGAACAUGACCAUCAUUAUACUCACUUUGAUAGAUUCUCACCUUAAAACUGCCAUGUACUUCUUCCUCAAACACUUCUCCUUUUUAGAAAUCUUCUUCACUACGGUCUGCAUCCCCAGGUUCCUAUACAGCUUAUCAACUGGGGACAAAACUAUCUCCUAUAAUGCCUGUGUGGCUCAAUUAUUUUUUGUCAUCCUUUUUGGAGCCACAGAAUUUUUUCUCCUGGCCGCCAUGUCCUAUGACCGCUACGUGGCCAUCUGCAAACCCUUACAUUAUGCGACCAUCAUGAACAGCAGAGUCUGUGGAUGGCUUGUCAGCUGCUGCUGGAUAGCAGGUUGGUUGGUCAUAUUUCCACCACUGUGCCUGGGCUUAAACCUGGAAUUCUGUGACUCUAAUAUCAUUGAUCAUUUUGGCUGUGAUGCUUCUCCUCUGCUGAAGAUAUCUUGUUCAGACACACGGUUCAUAGAACAGAUGGCUGUGGCCCUUGCUGUGCUGACUGACAUCAUGACACUUCUGUGUGUAGUCAUGUCCUAUACCUACAUCAUCAAGACCAUCAUAAAGUUCCCUUCUGCCCAGCAAAAGAUGAAGGCCUUCUCUACCUGCUCUUCUCACCUGAUAGUGGUUUCUAUCACCUAUGGCAGUUGUAUCUUCAUCUAUGUCAAACCUUCAGCAAAGGAUGAUGUCGCAAUUAAUAAGUGUGUGUCCGUGCUCACUACUUCAGUUGCCCCCAUGCUAAACCCAUUUAUUUAUACCCUGAGGAACAAGCAAGUGAAACGAGCUUUCACAGACUUAAUCAAAAGAAUUUCAUUGAUCUCAAAGACGUAAAGGAAUGUUGAAAGUCAGCAUCAAAUAAAAAUAUAAGUACAAAAAGAGUAGUUCACCUUAAAGUCAUAAUCUUCAACUCUUUGUUUUUUCUUUUUUAGCCACACUCGAAGCCUAUGGACGUUACCAGGCCAGGCAUUGUAUCCAAGCUGCAGCUGCAACCUGUGCCACAGCUGCAGCAAUGCCAGAUCCUUAACCUGCUGCGCCACAGCAGGAACUGUGUCCAUAAUCUUCAAUUCUUAACUAUUGUGCCCUGGUCUACUGUCUGUUCAUAUUAAAUGAUUAUAACACUGUUACUCCUGAAUCUUGUCUCCAAAAUCAUCAUUUCAAUCCAUGUUAAAAUAAGCAAAUUGAGUCAUUUCAACUUUUGUUGAAAAUAAACUUUCUCCAAGACAACAUUUCAUAUCAAGAGAGCAUGAAGUUAAACUUCCAAAAAAGGGCUUUACCUAAAUUCUUACCUGACUCUAUUCAAUCUUAUGUUCAAAAAAAAAAAAUCAAACUCUUGAAUUAACAGGAAAAUGGUGGAACCAGAGUAUCCAUUGCCUUCUUUAAAACCAAAAAUCCAAAAAGUUUAUGUACAAUUAUAGUUACUCUUCUUAAGCAGGAAUAAAAUAAUUUUUCAAAUAUUAAUGAGUCUGAGCAAAACAAAAUGGAUUUUAACACUAUGGGUGUAGACACCUGGAGAUCCAUGUCUAUCUUGUAAAAGAAAUUUUGAAGCCAAAAGAUUUAGAGUUUCUGGAUUUUCUCUAAAGUGAAGGAACACAGUCUCUACAUUAAUUCAUCACCCAGGUGGCAGUGAUCUGAUAAAACCUGCUGAGACAAUAAAACCAUCUUUAUGAUGACAAAACAAGAAUAGUGCUGAGAUACAUAAUACAAUGCAAGUCCUAAAUAUAACUAAGUUAAGCCAAUAGGAACCAGCAAAUUAAAGUCCUAAACAUCAAGAAAAUUAAACUAGAAAUAUACUUGGAAGCCUGGGGUUAUAGACAAGGAAUCCAAUAUGAAGUCAUAAUUGUUUCCUUGAAGAUUAUCUUCAACACUGAAAAAACAUAAAGUGUGACCAUCACUAAUAUUUCUCAAAGAAAGAUAUUCUACAUUUGGUUAUUUUAUUCCUUACAGUCUUUCACAUUUUUCACUAUAAACCUCAGUGGUCCAGACUGGAGUGUUUUUGACUGUCAUUUCUAGACCUGUGCACAGGGUGUCAGCUCUUAUAUAAAGUUUUCUUCCCUGCAUCCCCCUCUAACCUGCUUAGUCCUGUGUUUGGAACCCCUCAUAUAUGUACCUGUCAAAUGCUACAGUUAGUUCUUUUGAAAUAACUAGUCAUCACAAAACCAGUGGUUUAAAACUUGA